GUCUGCACGGGGAGGUUUCACAGCUGUCACACACACACACACUCUCACAUAUACACAUUCACACACACAAACAUACACUCAAACACAUACACACACACACAUAAACAUACACUCAAACACACUCUCACACACAAACACAUACACAAACACUUACACACACAAACACUCACACACACACACUCACACACACACACUCGCACAAACACACUCACACACAAACACUUACACACACACACACAUAAACAUACACUCUCACACAUACACAUUCACACACACAAACAUACACUAAAACACAUACACACACACACAUAAACAUACACUCAAACACACUCUCACACACAAACACAUACACAAACACUUACACACACACACAUAAACAUACACUCAAACACACACUCUCACACAAACACAUACACAAACACUUACACACACAAACACUCACACACACACACUCACACACACACUCGCACAAACACACUCACACACAAACACUUACACACACACACACACUCACACACAAACACACACGCGCGUCUGUCAGUCAGUGUUGGGGCGGUUGUCGGUGAUCAUGGCGGCGGUGUCGGUUCGACGGUUCGUGUCUCUCGUCGGUUCGGUCGGUGGUGGUUCGGUGCUUCCUCGCUCUCCGUUCGUUUGGACUCAGUACCGGACCGCAGUGAGAUCCACCACUGGCGCCAUUCUGCCCAAACCCAAGAAAACAUCUUUCGGUGUUGUCCGGAUCAUGAUGGUUGUGGCUCCAUUCCUGUAUAUUGGGACUCUGAUCAGUAAAAACUUUGCAGCUAUUCUGGAGGAACAUGAUAUAUUUGUGCCUGAAGAUGAUGAUGAUGAUGAUUAAUCUCAGGUGAGUAUGUCAUCUUCAGAUCAUCACCUGUUUAACUGCAGCAUUAAACUCUCUGUUAAAUGUCUCUU